AUGGAUCAAGUAAGGAAUCCUGAUCCGUUAGGUAGUGAUGUCGAACCGAUUAGUGACAAUGAAGAAGAUAGUUGCGUAGCGGAAGAUGACUUGGAAGAUGAUUCGGAGGACGACGUAGAGGAUGAUUCGGAGGAUGAGGUAUUUCCUGUACAGGCGACCACCCAAAGGAAGGAACCACAGCAAAAGCAGCCUCCAAAGAGGACAUUUGAAGUUCUGGAUGAUGCAGAUGAUGGUCUCCCACUUCCAGAAAUGCCAACUGAAGAGACUACGCAGGCACCGACCGCACGGUCAGGGAGGAUUCGGAAGAAGCCAAAGAUGCCAGCUGGAUUUGAGAUUGACAGUUUGUAA